AUGGUGCACGUGGUCACGCCAUUCGCGCAGAUUGUCCAUAGUUUGAGGUCAGUGAGAAAUAAUUUCCUCUCACUGACCAAGUCUACAUCCGUUUUAAACAAGUUUGAAAUGAGAUUGAUUAAUUUGUCACAUGAUUUUUCAUUCGUUCAAGACCAGUUAGACAAAUUAUCUUCGGAAACGCUGGGUGAGUUGGAAUGGUGUCUGGAGCAGCUGGAGAUCAUACAGACCCAUCGGUCAGUCAGCGAGAUGGCCACGAAUAAGUUUAAAAGAAUGCUGAAUAGGGAGCUAAGCCACUUCGCUGAAUCGAGCAAGGCAGGGAAUCAAAUAUCAGAAUACAUCAGUUCCACCUUUCUGGGUGAGUUUGCUGCCUGGAACAACAACAACAACAGCAACAGCGAAAGAAAGAGUCCUAUGCUGGAAAUCACUGGCGUCAAGAGGCCUUCUAUAACUCCGCCGGCCUCUUCAAUCAUCAUGCAUCCCAAGUAUGGAGUGGAUUCAAAUGAUCCGGAACAUCUGGAUGAGAUAAUGGCGGACAUUGAUAAGUGGGGCAUUGAUAUUUUUGAAAUAGGUCAACUGACCAACAACAGGCCGAUGACAACCGUGACUUACACCAUUCUUGCUAAACGUGACCUCUUGCGCGCAUUCAACAUCUGCAGCACGACGAUGCUCAACUACCUGAUGACGGCCGAAGAUCACUACAGACCGGAAGUACCUUACCACAACGGCUAUCAUGCCGCUGACGUCACUCAGUCCUGCCAUGUUCUUCUUAGUUUGCCCGCUCUUGAGAAUCUUUUUACGGAUCUCGAAAUUCUUGCAACAAUCUUCGCCAGUUGCAUACAUGACAUUGACCAUCCUGGCUUCACGAACAACUACUUCAUAACGACAGGUUCUGACCUGGCUCUCAUGUAUAAUGACGAAUCAGUCCUAGAGAACCAUCAUCUGGCUGUCGCUUUUAAAUUAUUACAGCAGACAGAUUGUGAUUUCCUCGCUAGCCUGCCUACCAAGUCUCGGCAGAUUUUAAGAAGAAUCGUCAUAAGCCUUGUGUUAGCGACAGAUAUGAACAAACACAUGGACCACGUUGCUCACCUCAAGACCAUGGUUGAGGCCAGAAAGUUAUCAGGAGCCGACAUACUCAGCCAGGAGAACUACAGCGAUAGAUUGCUGAUCCUGCAGCACAUGAUCCACUGCGCAGACCUCAGCAAUCCAACGAAACCUCUUCCUCUCUACAAGAAGUGGACAGAUGCAAUCAUGGAGGAAUUCUUUCGACAGGGUGAUGCCGAGAGGGAACGUGAGUUGGACAUUAGUCCCAUGUGCGAUCGACUGACUGCCACCGUCGAAAAAUCACAGGUGGGUUUCAUCGACUACAUCGUUCAUCCGCUCUGGGAUACCUGGGCAGAAUUAGUUGAGCCAGGCUGUCGAGAAAUCAUAGAAUCGUUAGAAUACAACAGAGAUUGGUACUACAACGCCGUGCCU